GAAAGAAAAAAAAGGUGUUAAAAAACAAAGGAAAUAAGAAAACUAGGGUUUCUCUGCGAUUUAAGCUUAUUAUUUCAAGUUAGUAUUGCGGCACUUUACAUCGAUUCCCAGAUCACCUUUCUUCUUCCCCUCACCAUGAUUAUCACUGAGAAGAACCGCCGUGAGAUCAGCAAGUACCUCUUCCAAGAGGGAGUUUGCUUUGCAAAGAAGGACUACAACUUGGCCAAGCACCCAGACAUUGAUGUCCCUAAUCUGCAAGUGAUCAAGCUGAUGCAAAGCUUUAAGUCAAAGGAGUAUGUGAGGGAAACCUUUGCUUGGAUGCACUACUACUGGUAUCUGACCAAUGAGGGUAUUGAAUUUCUCCGCAAUUAUCUCAACCUCCCCUCUGAGAUUGUUCCUGCUACCUUAAAGAAGCAAGCAAAGCCUGCUGGCAGGCCCAUGGGUGGUGCUCCUGGACCACGUGGUGGAUCUCGAUUUGAAGGAGACAGGCCUAGGUUUGGUGAUAGGGAAGGCUACCGUUCUGGACCUCGUGGGCAAGGUGAUUUUGGUGAGAAGGGUGGUGCUCCUGCUGACUACAGACCAUCUUUUGGGGGUCCUAGUGGAAAUGGAAGGCCAGCCUUUGGUCGUGGAGCUGGAAGCUUUGGUGCUGCACCACCAAGCUCAAAUCUUCCUUGAAAAUUCUCCUAAUAUGAAAUGAAUAGGGUUAUUCCAGUUUUGAAUGUCAUGACAAUUUUGGAUUGAGUUGAAGCUAUAAUCAUUACAAUCUUUUGCAAGAGGCUCCCAUUUAGAAUGAUUACUUGUACCUUGAGUUUUUCUUUGCUUGGUGGAUGUUGUGAAUACUCAAGAGAUCAUCUGCAUGGCCACAAUGUUAAGCUUCUGUUUAUUGCCGUCUAUGCUAAAAUUUUGCUAUUGCCGUCUGAAUAUACUAUGUGCACAUUAUUGAUUAAAAUGCACAAUUUGAAGCACUAGAGCUAAAAUUUCUGUAUUUUUCAUAUAUGAAGCAACUACUUAAAAGUUAUGUGACA